AUGGGUCAUUUGACCCGGAGAGAAAAUUUUGGUUUAAGAGAUUGUCGAGUCAUAUUUGUAGUCACAAACAGACAGUACAAGUUAUUAGAAGAUAUAAAUAAUAUUGGCGAAGAGUUUUCAGAAAUUAGUGAAGAUGAAUCUUCUGAAAAUGAAGAUAUAUUGGUUGAAAAUAAAAAUGAGUUUGAUUCAACAGAUACUGACGAUGAAGAGGAAAAUAUUGUGAAUAUAUGUAGUGGCCGAAAAAGAAUAAGAUUACUCUCAGAUUCGGAAGAAAGUGAAGUAGAAAUAAAUGAACAAGAUAUUGCGAAUGAUGGAUCUGUUUGGCAACAAAUGCAAGUAGGUGUCACACCUGGAAAAGCACCACUUCAUAACAUUUUCAAGCAAGAAGUAGGCCCAACAGGAUAUGCAAAACGUUAUAUAAUGGAAGGUAAAGUUAUUACUGCAUUUUCAUUGACAAUUGAUCACCGUAUUAUGAACCAUAUAAGAACAUGCACAAUAGAAGAAGCAAAGAGUGUGUUAGUUUCUGAUUGGAGUUUAUUUAAAAAAAAAUUAGAUGCAUUUAUUGCAAUUUUAUAUGCUCGAGCUGCAUAUAGAGCAAAUGAUUUGAAUAUUUCCUUUUUGUGGAAUCUUCCUGAUUAG